GCUCCUCCUCGGAGCGGGGAGGGCCCGAGACCGCGACUCACUCCCCUGCAGUCCCCAUCACGCCGCCACGGGACAGCCAUGCCGGGCCGCCUGUUGCGGGACCUCCAGCAGCGAUGGCGCCGUUAUAAGUAUCGAUUCGUACCCUGGAUUGCGCUGAACUUAAGCCACAACCCGAGGACCCUCCGAUAUGUUCCAGAUGAAUCCAGAGACAAAAUUAUCUCAGAUGAAGAUGUCCUGGGAAUGUUACUGAAAGUUUUCCAGGCACUCUUUAUAAAUGAUCUCGAUAAACAAUCAGAUAUCUUGACUGUGCUUCCAGAACCUGUCAAAUCAAAAUAUCAAGAGCUACUGUCAGUUCAGCAUCUAAGGGUGAAACACCUUGAAUACAGACAUCAACAGCGAACUACCCUUAAACCAGAAGAAAUUCUUUAUAAGACAUUGGGUUUCAGUGUUGCCCGAGCACCUAGCUCAUUAAUUUCUGCUGGAAAAGGUGUAUUCGUUACAAAAGGAUUGGUACCAAAAGAUGCGGUUGUAUCUAUGUAUCCUGGUACAGUAUAUCAGAAAUAUGAGCCAGUCUUUUUCCAGUCCAUUGGAAAUCCAUUUAUUUUUAGAUGCCUGGAUGGGGUACUCAUUGAUGGAAAUGACAAAGGAAUAUCAAAAGUUGUGUAUAGAUCUUGCAAUGGGAGGGAUCGACUUGGCCCUUUAAAAAUGAGUGAUAGUACAUGGCUAACAUCAGAAAUUCAUAAUCCACUGGCUGUAGGACAGUAUGUCAACAAUUGUUCAAAUGACAAGGCAGCUAAUGUCUGUUAUCAGGAAUUUGAUGUGCCUGCAGUUUUCCCUAUAGAACUGAAGCAGUAUCUUCCAAAUAUUGCCUACAGCUAUGACAAACAAAGUCCACUCCGAUGUGUUGUUCUUGUUGCACUCAGGGACAUCAAACAAGGAGAAGAGCUUUUUUCAAAUUAUUAUACAAUUGUCAGCUGACUCUAUAAACUAGAAAUUAGGUUUUCUACUAAGCUAGUUAAUUCCAAAUAUUUUUUGUUGUUUCUCUGAGUUCUACCAGAUAGUUAUGUCUCAAUUCUAUCUAUAAAAGCUGUUUUCUUCAUUACAAUUUCACGUUUGUAAUACAAUUCUAGUGUUAGUUUUCACCUAAGUACACAGGAGCUUACUAAAUUAAAACCCACUGUCUGAAUUUAUAAUUUAAAUUUUUCUUUUGUUUAUUUUAUCUCUGUGGUGGCUUACCAUAUUUUAGUCAUCAGCAAAUCUUGUACUGCUGAUGUGUAUAAACUUCAAUAAAAACUUUAU